UGGUAGCCGACGGAGCAUUGUGCUGGGGUCGGUCGGCCCGCUGGCUGGUGUCCGACACUCCGCGUGCACCGGCCGCCGUCACAGCGUGCCCGGCGGUACCGUGACGCCUCCUCGGAGCGCCGCGCGGGCCGUGACGCCUCCUCGUGACGUGACGUGACGGCGGGGUGGAGCGCCGGUGGCACGUGCGGCGCGGAGACUGCAGUGUGCCGUAGGACUGAGAGGUGUCAGGUGAAUCCGUGGAAGGUGCCGAGGAUCACGGCGGGACGAUACUCUAGGGGGCGUGUGAGGUGCUCAAGGUGUUUCAAAGUGGCUGAUACUGUGACUGAUCCAGGGAGUGAUAAAGUAACUGAUAUAGCGGAUGAUACAGCUGCUGUUAUGGACUAAUGCAAAAUGAGCACAAUAGAUCGGCACGGGGCACUCAUCAGAGGCGCAUUUAUCCGGCUCUGAAGGAGACGGCGGCGCGACCACUCCAAAUCAACACAUCACCUGAAGAACUCCCCCACAAAAGAACCGCCAGAAGUUGACCUGCUGACAGGUGCGAGCUGCUGCGGGACCCGGGCGGCGACCCUGAUCCGCCCUCUCUGCGGACUGCCGGCGGGCCGGCCGGGUGAUGGCGACCGUGUCCCGCCUGCGACCCGACUCGCUGGCCUACUGCGCCCCGUCUGAGGAGGUGGUCGGUCGCCGGCGGCGGCGGCCCGACUCUCUGUCCACCGGCCUGACACCCCCGCCGACCGACACCCGACUGCCUCCGGACGGUCACGAGUUUCCGCCAGAGUUCCGUGAUCGCGAACAGACACCGUCGCCUGGCGACCCGAUUGGUCACAGUGGACGAAGCGGGCUCGACGCUGACCAGAAAGGAGAGUCGCAGUCACAGUCCAGAACAAUGCUGCUUGACGAGCCUGGUCUGUUCUUCGGGACUUCCCCGCAAAGGAGAGGCUGUCAGAGGUCUGAGUCGAUGGUGGAGAGGGACGGAGGAAGUCCUGCGGAUUUUCGUAGCAGGGUCAUGGGAGAACAUGACCUGAGGAAGUCCAAGAGCGGGACUAGCGUGCGCGAUAGAAUCGCACUAUUCUCCAGUCCAUCCAAGGAGAGUCUGUCCGGGUCCAGGACCCUGCUGACUUCUCAAGCGGGCUGUGAAAGGGAGACCAGUCUGGAUAGCUCCAGGCUGAGUCAGGGCAGGAGUCAGGGUCGGUCAAAAUCCGACUUGAAGCUGACAGGAAACGAGUCGCAGCGCUGUCGUUCCCGCGACGACGUAGUUCGUCGCAAAAAGAUCUCAGAUCCCUCCGGGGACAAGUACGGCAGCCUGACGCGCUUGCGUGGCAAAGACGGAGACCAAUCGCCGGGCACAGACUCUUCUUCCUGUUCCUCACGAUGUUCCCUGCCUGUCCCUAUAUCUCACUCACGAGAAUCAUCCACAGCUCGGUCAGAGUCCUCUGGAGACGAGGGUAACAGCCCUCUCCACGAAAGGUCUCAGAGUCUGUUCGAUCUGGGCCACACCGAGAAAAGACAUAGCUAUGCCGGCAUGCAGAGCAAAGCUUAUGGUCACCAAAGCCAAUCGGCCAAUCUUCCCAGAAAGACAUCUCUCAACUCAAUCAUGGAGGAGAGAAAGAAAAGCUUCUCAAAGCUCCGUGGUUUGAUUAUACCCAGUAAAGUAGAUGUUACAAAGAGGGGUCCCGCUGACAUGCCAGCGAUCAAGAGCAAGGAGUUGCGCGUUCUAGCCAAGCCCACGGCUCGUCUUCUGAGUCCAGUGGCCUCCCCGAACCGCUCACGUCUCUCCACCCCGGAGCGACUAGAGCUUCCAGAGCCGCGUCACCUCUCCUCUCCGCCCUGGAAGGGCGAUGCCUCCUCCACCCUUCCAGCCUACUCACCGGCCUUCAAACGCAAGAACGUCUCUGUGUACUCGUCACCGGGUUCCGCCUUCCGAUCCGUGUCAUCAUCUGCUCGUUUGGGUGGCUCUUCAAUUGAGCUGUCCCGGGCGACACCCCACGACACUGCCUCCCGCCGGCAGGAGACGCGUGGUGGGGCUCGCUCAGGCCUCCAGCGCACCCCACCAGCCAAGGAACCACUACAGCGCAGCAGCUCACUGAACUCUCGUCCCCCAGCCGGUGCUGGAGACAGUCGCCGCCGUAUCUCCGACGACGUGGGCCCACUUGAAGGCCGCAGGCUACCCGCUCGGAUUCAGCCUGCUGACAGCGACACGGAUGUUGGGAGCUCGACGCUGACGUUGGUUGCAGAACCACUGGAGGAGACGUCGACUUCACGCGGUCUGCGCAGCCGCGCCGGGAGCUUCGAUUUCGACCACCGCGCCAGCACGUCCACUCUACACGCCUCGUCGCCGGUCAAAGAACUCGACGUGGAGGAAGAGAUCAGGAAGGCGGCGGCCGGUGAGCCGUCGCGAAGCCGGUCGCCGUCUCUGAAGGCAUCAGGUCCAGCAGCACAGCAAGAGAGAUCGGAAAGGGUGAGCGGCUCGCCGCCAAAGAUCCAGGAGGAUGCUGCGUGGCGUAAAUUUUCGUCAACCACUGACUCCAAUGUUACUGGACCAAGUGCCGGAGAGUCGCGAGAUCUUUCGAAACUCCGGCAGUCUAACAAGGCCAGCGUGAAGUCUCUGAAAGAACGCUGGCAGAUGAUGAGCGACAUCAGUGAAACUUCGUCCGCCUCCGUCAGCCGAUCCCCGAGUCUCCGGUCUGACCGACCAGACGUUGUCGUUCGGGAUCCGAUAUCUCGCGAGUCAGUGCCUCGUGACAGCGUUCCUCGAGAGACUUCAACAUGCCAAUCUGUUUCUCGCGAAAGUGUCACAACUGACUCUUCUUCAAAUGAUUUUGCGUCUCGAAAGACUGUUUCUCGUGAGUCAGUAAUCCAAGAGACAGUUUCAAAUGAAACUGUUUCUCAUGAAUCGAUUACACAAGAAUCCAGCACAAUUGAGACGGUGACCACCACAUCAUCCCUCGCUGAGCACACUCCCUCCACCGCUCUUUCUAAGGAAACGCCCACCAGUGUGCGGGAUGUGGUCGACCGUAACUGGCCCAGCAUCGAGAGUGAGCGAGCCGAUAUUGACCGAAAGCUGAGCACGCCCAACUACGGUGGCAGCACACCGACACGGCUGCGGGACCGGCGCGGACACGUGCCGUCUCGGCCACAGAGCUGGGUCGAGAGUGAGCAGGAGCUGCGUAUCCUGGAGACCGCCGGCGGCCUCCUGUCUGCCGGUGGCGGCGCUAUUAGCACCUCAUCCAGCCAGGAGAACAUAAUGGACUCGCUCGACUGCGGCAAGUCGCCCAGCGGCUCGACCAGCAGCCUCCUGGAGAUGCUGACCGCCAACCUGAAGCGAAACGCCCGCUCUCGGCAUGUGUUGAGCGUCAGCGACCUGCGGCGGGCCUUCGAGCGCUCUGAUGGGCGCACGUGCCACGCACGCAUGUCCUCGAUGGACUCGACUGGCAGCGAGGACAGCCCGGGGGUGGCCGCUAUGAUGGGGUCGUCAGCCAGGGAGCACUACGGCAGCAUCACGUCGCUGGCCUCGUCCACCAGCCUCAUCUCUCCACACGAGCUACAGCAGCUGAUCGAAGAGGCCAACCAGUCGCUGGAAGAGGCCGGCACGCCAUCGCACGAGAUUAUCGUGGCUGUCGUGCACCGAGAGAUGAUGGGAGGCAGCAUCGGCAUCACACUGGCCGGCGGCGCCGACUACGAGAACAAGGAGAUCUCGGUGAACAAGGUGAUCCGGGGUUCGGUGGCGGACAGGGACGGUCGGAUCCAGAAGGGUGACCGGGUCAUCUCCAUCAAUGGCCGGUCGAUGAAGAACACCACCCACCGCGAGGCCCUCAAUACACUCAAGGCGCCGCGUGCCGAGGUGGUGCUGGUCCUGUCCCGGUCCAGGUCGGUCACCCCUCUGGAUGCCGCUACCGACGAGAACGGCUCAGCCGUCCACCGUCCCUCCGUGAUCAACACCUUCUCCAGCCGGCCCCCGAAGAUCCUCGAGAGCCCCAUGGACAGCAAGAGUCUGGCGUCAGACCUGGCGUUCGAGGACGUACCGCGGGGCCCUCCCAAGGUGGUCACCCUGGUGAAGGAGGGCGCCGGCGUCGGCUUCAGUCUCGAGGGCGGCAAGGACUCUCCGCUCGGAGACCGGCCCCUAGUGGCCAAGAAAAUAUUCGCAGGGGGAGCGGCGGACAAGAGCGGCAAGCUGCACAUCGGGGACCAGAUUUUGGCCAUUAACGACGAGGACGUGACACACAUGCCGCGUAUCGAGGCGUGGAACUUCCUGAAGAAACAGCCGGAGGGCGCCCUGCGACUCACUAUCCGAAAACGGCUAGCUUCCGGCGAGACGCCAGCGCCAUCUGCAAGCAACGGCUCGCCGCUGCUGCCACCUGGCGAGAACGGCGGACUGCGGGCGGAGGUGCCGGCGUCCAGAAACGGUUCGACGAGGCCCACCGUGACCGCAGUGACCCCGAAAGUACCGCUGCAAUCGCCGGAGGCGGUCCUGCCCAAGGCCUGAGAUACAGUCUGUGAUGGACCGGCGACAGGUCCGCUGUGAGCACACCGAGCUGAUGAGGGAGGGGCGCGGCGGACCCGGCUCUGUCCACGGAGUUCGGCAGAGCGGAAGGAGACGGCGACUAGCCGCUGUGCGGGCUAGCACCGCCGAGUGAUUUAUUGGCGCCAGGACUUUGUAGUGUUGCACUGAGUCUGCAUGACCAAGGCAUGCAUCCAGUGGAUAUGUUUAAUAAGCGAAGUGAAAAUGUAUGAGUGAUGUUAGAAGCGUUGCAAGACAAAUAUCGGAAACUUCCGAUGCGUAACGUCCAAUCGUCUAUCAAUGAUUCAGCCUUAUUGUUUUGAAAAUACCUAGCAGGUAGAUGGCCAAUCAUAAGAAAGGUUUUUUGAACUUAUCAUUGACACUUUGAUUUAGUAGGUAUCUGUUCUAUAAAUAUUUACCAGCUUCCGUUUUACGCGUGCGUCUCAUUGCUAAUCAAUCAGACAUCUAUUUGAAGUUCUUUGUAAAUGCAGUACCAGCAUAAAAUAGCACCUUGAGCAACCAAGCAUCGGCUAGAACUCUAAUUUUAUGCUGAACUGUUCAGUAGGUCGCAAGUAGCACGAACGCUUUCUCGACUCCGCCGAGACAUUACUCCGCUUAUUUGUAUAUGCUUACCUGGCGAGUCACGUUGGUUGUUAAGGUUAAGUGAUUGAUUUGUACGUCAUUCAUUAACUAGAGGUGGUUAAAACGUGGAGGUCAUUAAUACAUGCAUAUUCCACA